AUGUAUACACAGCCAUCGUCUCUGUUGGUGUGGUCAUCGUUAGUGUCAUCGUCGUCGUUAUCGUCGUCACCGUCGAAGGGGAAAGACCAGACUGUGGGCGGAUCAGCACAGCAGCAUUUAUACCAGAAUCAACACUAUCAAGCCUCUACGGAGCCAUCAGCAACAACACCAACGGCCGGAGCAUCAACAUCUGUCACACUGCUCUCGGUCACCUACGCAACCGGUUCGGCCACAUCAGCAACAACGGUGUCCUUUGCAACUGGCAAUAGGACGCUGGUGCAAGGUGAACAGUCAAUUGAAACGAUCGAAACACUACCGUCUGCAGACGGUGCGAAGGUUGCAAACAGCAUGUCAACAACUGUUACGAAUAACAACAACAACAACAACAACCACAACAACCACACUAACAACAACAUUAUACCGACCGAGUGUGAUAGUAGUGAUUCCGCAACCGGUCCGGAACGGGUGGAAGCGAGGGAAGCGGCACCAAUACAGGGCGACAUGCCACAGGCUGCGACGGAGCUGGCGGCGGUUGCGGAGACGAACGCCGACACAGCAACCGGUAGCUCGCAGUCAGCAACAUCACCAGCAGCAGCAACAACAACAGCACCACCACCAACGUAUGGUGCCUACACUAACAAUACUUUACCGCGGGGGCCUUAUCUUCAGUAUAAGUAUAAAAACAUUAGUAGUGUUCCGUGCAACCAGGACAAUAACGAACAUCAACAACCGCAAACGCAGCAGCUUAUACUACACCAGCAUCAUCAUCAACAACUGGCUCAGCAGCAUCAUCCGCAUGCAGCCGCACACCAGCAAACGCAACCGUAUCGGCAACAGCACCAUCACCAUCGCACCCACAACAACCACCAACAACAACAGCUGCAACAGCAGCAACAACAACAACAUCAUCAUCAUCAUCCGCAACAGCAUCAACAACAUCACCGUCAGCCGUUGCGCAGCAGUGACGUGCUGGACAUGAUUUCACGAUUUAAACGCACCCACCCGACCAGUGAAGCGGAUCAGCAACAGGGUGAGGGAGAAGGGUUAGAUGGGGCAAUGGGACGCUCAGAGGACUAUCAACGUGCGAUGCACCGUCAUCAGCAGUCGAUGGCAAACAAAGACGACCACGGAUGGGACAACGGGAUAAGCGAACCGAACCAACGCCAUCCGGUUGCUGACAGUGGAUUUCAUCAACAGCAAUGGCGCCAGUCACAGCACCUCGAAGCGGAUGGCAAUGGUGGUGGUGUUUACGCAGGCAAGGGAAGAAACAACCACCAGCGUCAUUCCAGCAACGUAACGCAGCAACAUCUACCGUACAAGGAUAGUGCAACAACCGUUGCGCAACAGCAGCGCCAUCACUACCACCAUCAACACCACUAUCAACACCCAUCAACAACGGCAACAGUCGGCCAUCAACCGUCGUCGGACGGUGGUGGGGUCGAUUACUUUCGCCCAACAACACCGGCCAUCGGUAGUGCCGUAUCGCUCACGAACGUGAUCGGCUUGAAGCGGCCCAGCCAAGCGGAAGGAUGGGCUCUGCUCUGUCAGUCGGUGCAAGCGCUGCAGGACCUUUUUCUUGGAGAAACACCAUCAAUCAGCAAAGUUCGACCGUUGAUAACGCCUGCCAGUCUGCAGAUCAGUUCGCGGGGUCGUGUCGUCUUUAGCAUCGUCCCAGCGACAGGUGGACAGCAUCAAUCGCAGCAGCACCAAACGCAUGAGUCGUCCGCGGGCCAGGAAACGCCGGACGCGACCGAGGAACCGUUCCUAUCGCCCGAGUACAUUAAUUCGCUCGGCAAAACCAUCCAGUUCAGUGAGUCUGACGUCGAAAAGAUGUGGAUCUACUCGCUCGGUGUGACGCUGCAGCGCACUGUAUCAUCGUUUGCCGUCAACCACCAGCAGCACCGGCAGCAGCAACAGCAGCAGGAGUACGAUGGUGCCCAUCAUCUGCUGACCGAGGACGCACUGACACCGCUCGAUCACGUCGUGCUGGCGAUGUGCGAAGCGAACCUAUACCAACGCGCCAGCCUGAUGUUUCUGCUCGAUAUCAUAUCGGACUACUGCAAGAACCAUCACCUUUACAAACCGUUCUCCCAUAUGCUGAUCGACCUGUUCCGUGAGGUUGUCUCAUCAGCGGAACCACAACAGCAUCGUCCAUCGCCCAUCGGGCAACCUCCGGAGCUGAAAAUCAAGCGUUCGAUCGAGUCGUUCGAAGAGCCGAAAAGCGAUACCGAUUCGGGUCGUUCGUCUGACCAUGGUGAGUUGCUGGAGGUGCACCGGAAGAAGGAACCGACGGGUGUCCGGAUGCAGCUGAACCCACCUGCCCAGCAGCAACAGCAACACAGCUAUGGUCCGAUCGUCUGCGCCGGUGAAGAGUACCGCGAGUACGGCCAAACUACGGCAGCAACGCUGCUAAAGGUAAAACGACCACCAACGGUUAACAAUCCGGCCGAGCAGAGGUUCUGCUCGCUGCCGAGACCACCCUACGACAGGCAUCAGCAGCAACCCGGUACGCUGGUUCCCGAACCGUAUCCGAACUACCAUACCAUCUCCUACACCAAGAGUGUUCCGCGGCCGAGUGACGGCACCGUACAGCAGCCGGACCAGCAGCAACAUCACCACCAGGGUGUUACCGUGCGUCGGAGACAUAACGCGGAACUGCUGGCGGCACGAAGACGGGCCGACUACCGGCGCAACACCAUCGACGUGACGAUGGUGGAGGUAAAGAUGGCGGAAGCGGCAGCAGAACAUCAACAGCGGGCAUUGCAAAACCAGCAACCUGCUGCCUAUCUUACCGGUCCCGGACGACUCAUCCCGUCCAAGUCGAUCAACCAUCUGGCGAGUCUUGGCGGUGGUGGUGGAUGCGAGGCAUCCGCUCCACUCGAUCAGAGCAGCUUUAAUGCUACCUCCAUGCCUAAUCUCGGAAUACCGCUAACGACGACCGUUUCGAUCGCCACCCAGACCGCCCAGUGCAGCAAUCGCAAGCAGCCGGAACUCACCCACACAAACGAUGGUUCCGAACCGGGCACAACCCACAAGGGACCGGAGUUCAUUGUAAAUUCCCACUCAGCACCAAAGUCUAUUGAUCUCACUGACGCAAAGACACAGCAUCGCAGAAUUGUAACGAUUCUACUGCUCAACGGUACCAAAGUGAACGUCACGUGCAAUCCCACGACCACACUCGCCCGCCACAUCUUCGAGGCAAUUCUCCGGCUGGAAGGUUUGGGCGAAAACUUCUUCCUCGGACUCUGCGCCCUCAUCGGUGGUGAUUUUGUCUUUCUGCCGCUUGAUCUUAAGAUCUACAAGGUAGCACCACAAAUAUGGAUCAACACGUCUAAAAAGUCUACGCCGAUGGUGGAGAACGUGGUGUUUAUGUUGUACGUGCGAAUUAAAUUUUUCCUGCCCACGCUACGUGGUGUUAGCUGUGUCGAGUCGCGGCAUCUACUAUAUCUGCAGCUGCGGAAGAGCGUCCUCGAGCGGCAAAUACUAUGCGCGGAGGAUGAUCUGAUCGCGCUCGGUGGGUUAGCGUUACAGUCCGAGAUUGGCAGCUUCAAAGAGCACAUGAAGUACUCCGAAUAUUUCACCAUCUCGCACUACCUGCCGGAGGAGGUGUACCGUAAGAAGCGCGAGCUGGCACGCUAUCUGCGCAAUGCCCACUUCCACAAGCGGGGCCUACACCAGCGGGAAGCGGAACACAACUUCAUCCGGUACGUGCAGGAGCUGAAGGAGUACGGGCUCCACCUGUACAGUGCGUCCUGGGCGACCGGCGAAGGUAUGACGCUGGACGUGUACGUCGCCAUCUCGCUCGCGGGUGUCGCCAUCUUCGAGCGUAACGUGCGCUAUCAGCCACGGGGCAACCAGGAACAGCAGGAAUGUCGCAACGGCAAGAACAGCUUCAUGCGCCAUCUGUACGCAUUUUUCGACUGGCUCGAGAUCGAAAACAUCUGCUUCUCGAAGCACGCGUUCUGCGUGGUGGUGCGCAGAAGCGAAACGCUCGGUUCCAAGAGUGACAAGAAUCUAGUGAAGUACAAGCUGCGCAUGGAUGGCAGAAAAAGCUAUUUUGCUUUCAACCUAGCAUCGGAGCAUCACAAAUUUUACAUGAAGUUGCGCAACUCGUUCAUCUCGAUUAAAACCCUCGCCAGCGAGCUAAAUAUCCCGAUCGAGCAGCAACCAAACGGUGGCAGCACUAUGUCGUCCACGGAUGAGGAUGGCCGCAAGAAGCGAACCGUAAGCGAACUAAUAGACGGUAACCAUCGCCCAUCGCCGGAUCCGGCCGGUUUCGAUGCGAAGAACAUCGAAAAGAUCGACAAACCAUUCAAGACGACCGGGUUGCGGGUGCGCAAUCUGAAGAAAUCCAUGCUCAACGAUAACCGGCUCGCACGCCUACGGCAGCGUUUUCUGCUCAAGCGAUCGAAAUCAACCGUCGAGCCGGGCAGUGCCGGUACGUCCGCGCUGAACCUCACGGUGGAGAUUGCCAACCAGCAGAACCAGAACAAGGAGAAUGAAAACCCGUUCCUGGACGGUGACCAGGAGACGGUGGACGGUGGUGGCGUGGCCAGUGUCUCUUCGCCCGGUGUCGCCGAGCUAACCCAAUCCGGCACGCUGCGGUCGCACCAGUCGGGCGGCAAUUCACCCAAAACCACGCACAGCAUGAACCGCAACAAGGUGAAGAUGGGCACGAAGGUGUUUUCUGCCCAGUUUUUGAACAAAUCGUUCGAUAAUCUUGCGGCCGCUGCGGGUGGUGCCGCUACCCUGCAGGGGUUAACCGGUGCGGUCUCCUUCCAGAACGUGGCAAACAUAAGCCGCAGCAGCAGCGGUUUUCUGCUGCACGAGGACGAUGGUGAGACGGGCGAUGGUGUGCACAACGCUGUACAUCCACCGGCACCGUCGUCACAUCCACUGAUCGAGAGCAGUGUUGAUGAGGUGUUGUCGGUCAAGAGCAGCAUGGGUUCGGUUUACUUCAUGGAAAAGAUCGACGAACAAUCCGUCGGUGGGAGUGCCGAAACGUUACUCUCCCCGAAAGCGUGUGUCAUACAAUCAAGCAUCCGUAGCGAAAGCUGCCAGUUCGAGCUCCCGAUGACGGAUGAAACCAUCUCCGACACGCUGCUGGAGAAGUUUAACAACAUCAGUCAGUGCGGUGGGGCGUCAAACGAUCGCAUCCUCGCGACCGUGCUGAUUGUGAAGGAUGCCGUGCACGGUGCGGACCACGAGUCACUGAUGGUGGCAACCGCGCAGCGGCAGUUUAUCUCCCGCAGCCAAGAAUCCAUCGCCUUCCCAGGCAAAUGGUCACUGACGGCGACCAGCACCACCAAUGACGAGUUUGACGAGCGUUUCCCAUACGCAACGAUGGGUGGUGGUGUGCGGAAAAGAAACCGAGAGCAGACGAAUGCCGCCACCCGGUACACGCUUGGCAUCAGUAUCGUGCAGGGCAACGAUAACAACGUUUACGUGAAGGACCUCGCACCCAACGGACCGGGUGCACGCAAUGGCGUACGAGUGGGCGAUCAGAUCAUCGCAGUUAAUGGGAAAUCCUUGCUCAACCUACCGUACGCCGAGUCGCUGAGCAUACUGCAGCAAACGGGGCGGACCGUUGAGCUGGUACUGUCACAAAUCUUUCAACGUGCCCAACCAUCACUACCGGAAGAGGAACAACAGCAACACCCGCCUCGUCCACCGACCGUGACCAAGUCGAACAGUCUGUACAUUAAGAAUGGUAGUCGCUCAGCCAACACCACACCCCUGCUGGACACGCACCAGCACACCUUACCGCCACCACCACCGACCUACGCGAAGCAUUUGGAGGAUGGUGACCGUGGAGUCAAAGCCUACUCCCAGCAGCACGCGCAUCAACGUAAACAGCAUGCGGAAGGAGUUGGCGAAGGUGCCACUCUCCAGCGGAUGGGAGGCGACAACACCGGGGGCAGUGUGAGCCAACGCUAUACGAAAAACGUUGCCGAUAUUCUGCGGACGCGCAAUCGCAUCGCACUGGCCGAACGGAGCCAACAAUCUACCCAGCAAUAUCAGCAACCACCACCCGCAUACGCUGGCCUCAGUCCCUCGAAAAGCAUGCCCGACUUACCGAAGAUUCUGCAGACGUACGGCAAACAACCACCCACGUUCGGUGGUAUAUUGCUACCGGCAGGCGCGGUUGGCCCGGCCCGGAAUAGCACACGGUUGGGAUCAUCGGUGAAGUUGCCGGGACACCACGGUACAGCAAUGUCCCGCAAGUAUACCGGCCCGACAAAGUAUCCAGUCACACCGGCGAAGGACACGUUCAAAACCACCGUCGGUCCCAUCCGGACGCAGCUCUCCCUCUCGAAUGCGUCCGAGGACGAGCAGGUGUUCAUCUAAUCUUAAACCCAACAGUGCGCAAAUCCAGCUGGAACCGGAAGCAGACAGACCAGAUAGUUAGAUAGAGAAUGAGAGGAUGAGAAGAAGAGCGAGAUAGAGAGAGAGAGAGAGAGUGAGGAAGGGAGGGAGAAAGAAAGCCGAUAGUAUGUCCUUGCCUUACUAUUACAUUGAAUGUUGUAAUUGUUUUGUUGCUGUGUGUUGUGUCCAUCUUUCUUUUACUCUGUUCCCUCCCAUUUUGUUCUCUUCGAACUCGUCCGUGUGCCGCGUGUUGUGUGCGUAUGUGUGUGUGUGUUUGCUUGUAUGUUUUCGUUGACUAGAUAGAGACACAGUGGAUGACGAUAGUGACGACGCGUGAAACGAAACAAACCAAUAUACCAAAAUCCCCUUCCACCAACAAACUGCUCUGCCCUGUAUGUGUUGGCCACACAACGGUCAAGCAAGAAGCUCUAGUGACCUUACCUUUUCCAGAAGACAGUGUUAAUGUCCCCCGCACCACCCCAUUACUAGAGGCCUAGCAGUGGAAAACAAAAAAAAAACACACCCGCACAAGACAAGUAAGAUAGUGCCACUCAAAUGGAGGAGUGUAGCGCAGUUGAAGGCAGUGACUAUGUUUCUGUUUUAGUUUCUGUAACGCUUUUGAGGUUGCAUAUUAGUAGUACUCGUCGUGUCGCAUUGUGUAAGCAGCAUUAGCACCGCAGCACUAGCUCGUUUCGCGUAUCCAUUUGGGCUUUUUACAGACGAUAAGGCUUCUCCUUGUACUGUUGUUGUAGACACCUUCACACAAUCAGGGGGGGGUUUGAUCGGGGCAUUACUGUUCGCAGAGCCGAUAAUAGCACAGAGUUAGACAAUGGACAGCAAAAUAUGACCUAAUAUCAAUGAACAACCCGUAUUGCAGGGUGUCAGUAUUAACAAUAUGAGUGUGCGUGGAGAGGCCUAGAACUUAGACUUACGCAGCACUCAGCAGAUAGGGGGGCGACGUAUAUACGAGAAUACCCGGAGAUGGCUAGUGCUCUGUAGAAAGCCUCAAUAAUGUCUAUCAUCUGUAUGAAUGAUACAUAUUAUAUAUAUAUAACUCUAUAUAUUCCUGUUGCUAGACGCAACCCCUCUUAUUAGUUCUUCCAGCGACCAACCUUUACCCGCUCUCCGUACGUUCGCUCACGCGUAGCUUUAAGACCAGUUGCUUCCUAUUGAAUUUAAUGUAGCACCAGUUAAGUUAAAUCUGUGGAUCUUCCAGUACUUGAAAAAAAACGGAACAAAACAAAUCUAGAUAGAAAAGAGAAAUAAUAUUCAUACGGUUUA